AUGCGGCUGACAUUGACCCCUCUCCAGCUGAGCCACCGCUUCAACGUCGGGGCCUCUGCAGCCCACAGCCACUGGAGAGGAAGACUCGGGUUCACUCGGCAUGUAGAAAACUGGAAAGGGCGUCAUUCUUUUCACAACAACUACGUAAAGCUAGUUCACAAGUCAAAGAGCAACUGGGUGACUCUUACACUCAUCACUUUUACUGUUAUUUCAGUGGUAUUUAUAAUAAUAGUAUGCAUAAUACUGUCUUCAAGAAACUCCCAAGCUAUAAAAAAUCCCCAAACUAUAAAAUGUCCAGGAAAAUGGAUUGAAGUAAGAUAUAAGUGCUUCUAUUUUUCUGAUGAUACCAGAAAUUGGACAGGCAGUAAAACAUUUUGCAGUUCACAGAGAUCAGAACUUGCUUGGAUUGAUACACAUAAAGAUCUGGAAUUUUUGAAGAACCACACAGGAACGCUUAUGCACUGGAUUGGGUUGAGCAGAAAACAAGGAGAGCCUUGGAGAUGGACAAAUGGCCAAACAUUCAAUGCCUGGUUUGAAAUUAGUGGGAAUGGAUCUUUUGCUUUUCUGAAUGCUGAUGGAGUCUAUAGUUCCCGAGGAUUGGAUGAUAUGAAAUGGAUUUGCAGCAAACCUAAAUUUUAA